CUGGCUGGCAGGCAGGCUCGGUGCUUGGUGGUGAUCUCUUAGUAAGUAUCAUCCGACGCCACUUGCAGGCAUCGGGAAGGCAAACAGGAGUAGGCUGGUUGGCUAAUGGAGCCGAAAUACUGACUGUUAUACUGGCUGAAUAAUGUUAUAGGCUAGCUUGCUAGCCGAUGCUAAGCGCAGCUCGGGGCCUAAAGCUGUCACAACAUUUAUCUUUAAUCAAAAAUCACAGUUAAAGGAGACGUCGUGCUCAAUGAUCGUGUUAUAACGACAGUGGAUAAAGUGCACUGAUCACAUAAUUGAAUUUUAACCUGCUCACAGAAGGGAGGACGUGUUACUUUGGCCCUACACAAAGAGCCUGUAGUGCUGAAGUUGAACUCGGAGGAUGAUUCCCUGGUUGCGGUGGAGGUGAGGAAGCAUGGGGUGGAAAUCUGAAGUGUCAAGACAAACGUGAUGACAGCAUGGUCCAUGGUGGAGAAGCUCAAAAUGGAAAAACGCCCAUGCAGGGAGGAGAACAUUGACUCAAGCGAGGCCCGGCACGCCACUGACGAGUCUGAGGAUGGAAGCAGCUCCGAGAGCGAAUCGGAAGAGCAGCAGCACCAGAGGGUUCCGGUGAACAGCGGCUGUAAGAAGAGGGAGCCCCUGGCCGUCACCAAACCCCACCGGCAGCUCUGCCGCUCUCCGUGCCUCGACCGGCCCAGCUUCUCCCAGAGUAGCACGGCGCAGGAGUUUCGCGAGGAUGAGACCGGCGCGGCGCCCGGGAUCAGGCCUGCCAGCGAGCGAGAGUAUCAGACCAAGAUGGAGUUUGCUCUGAAGCUGGGCUAUUCGGGAGAGCAGGUGGAGACCGUGCUCCACAAGCUGGGAUCGGCCGCGCUCAUCAACGACGUGCUUGCCGAGUUGGUGCGACUCGGCAACAAAGCGGAGCCCGAAAGUCAGUCCGGCAGCAGUACGGCCACGCCGACCUCUCGCCCCCCCUGCGCUAAAGAGACUGUUAGUCCAGAAGCUUCAGUCGAAGAAGAAUCUGUCGAUACCUAUGAUAACCUGAGGCCCAUUGUCAUUGACGGCUCGAAUGUGGCAAUGAGCCAUGGAAACAAAGAGGUGUUCUCUUGCCGCGGUAUCCAGCUUGCCGUUGAAUGGUUUCUGGAGAAAGGGCACAAAGACAUCACUGUAUUUGUACCAGCCUGGAGGAAAGAACAGUCGCGACCUGAUUCCCUCAUCACAGAUCAGGAAAUUUUACGCAAACUGGAGAAAGAGAAGAUCCUGGUUUUCACCCCAUCUCGAAGAGUCCAAGGCCGGAGAGUGGUGUGCUACGAUGAUCGCUUCAUAGUGAAGCUGGCUUAUGAUUCUGAUGGAAUUAUCGUGUCGAAUGACAACUACAGGGACUUGCAAAAUGAAAAGCCAGAGUGGAAGAAGUUCAUCGAGGAGCGUCUCCUGAUGUAUUCAUUUGUCAAUGACAAGUUUAUGCCACCUGAUGAUCCGUUGGGAAGACACGGGCCAAGCUUAGAAAACUUUCUACGCAAGCGACCUGUUGUUCCAGAGCACAAGAAACAACCAUGCCCCUAUGGGAAAAAGUGCACAUAUGGACAUAAGUGCAAGUACUAUCAUCCGGAGCGAGUCAACCAGCCGCUGAGGUCUGUGGCCGACGAACUGCGGGCCUUCGCCAAAUUGUCUGCGGUGAAAACGAUGAGCGAGGGGGCCCUAGUGAAAUGCGGGACCGGUCCGGCAACCGUAAAGGGGGACGGCACCUCCGAGGUCAAGCGUGUGGCACCCAAGCGCCAGUCUGACCCCAGCAUCCGCUCGGUGGCCUGCGAGCCUCCAGAGGCGCUGUCCGCCGUGAGGAAGUCUGAGACGAAUUCAGUGCCUUCCCUUGUUUCUGCUCUCAGCGUGCCCACCAUGCAGCCUGCCAAGAGCCACGCAGCUGGGGCCUUGAACACACGAUCAGCCAGCAGCCCGGUGCCAGGCUCUCUGCAGUUUGCUCACAGUUCUCUGGAGCACAUGUCCAGUGUACAGUACCCUCCCAUCUUAGUUACUAAUAGCCAUGGCGCCUCUGUGACAUACAGCGAACAGUUCCCAAAGUAUGACUCAGUGAGCGACCACGGAUAUUAUUCACUUCACAGUGAUUUUUCAAAUAUGAGCAUGAGCAGCAUGCAUAAUGUUGACAGUUUCUGUAGCAUGGAGCACGAGCAUGUGUAUCAGAGAAAUCCCAGCCACUGCCCCGAAUCCUGCCUCAGCCAUUCAAACAGCGACUCCUUCUCCUCCUACGGGGAACUGUACCCAAGCUCCGUGGACAGCAGCUUAGAGGAGAGCAUGAAGGGGCAGCAGCCGUCUCCCGCGCAGGCCCGGAUGCAGGCGUUUUCCCACGGUUUCCGUCACGAAGCGCUCACCCGGGUGCAGAGCUACGGACCGGAGGAGCCCAAGCAAGGCCCCCGCAAGCAGUCCGGAGCUCAUCUGGCGCCGCACAUCCAGCACGUCGCAGUGGGAGCCAGGUCCAGCUGUCCUGGAGACUAUCCCCUCGCCCAGAAUGUCCUCCCACCUCUGUCCUCCCAGCCCACGCGGUCUCUAGGUAUGACUCGCAUGGACAGCAUAUCGGACUCCAGGCUCUACGACAGCAACCCCAUGAGGCAGAGGCGACCGCCGCUGUGCCGGGAGCAGCACGCCAGCUGGGACCCCCUGCCCUGUGCCAACGAGUCUUACGGCUACCAUUCAUACCCGCUGAGCAACAGCCUGAUGCCGUGUUGCGAGCGGGUGAUGGUGCGCAGCAUGCCAGACAAAAUGGAACAGAUCUGGAGCUCGCCGUGGGAGACGCCGUCUGCAGCCGAACACCAGGAGCGGUACGUCAUCCCAGACCACCAAUAUCAGACAUAUAGGAACCUUUGUAACAUAUUUCCUGCUUACAUAGUCCACUCUGUGAUGGAGAAGAACCCUCAUUUGACAGACCCGCAGCAACUGGCCGCCGUCAUUGUUACAAAACUGAGGUCAGGCCACUGAGCUGAAGCUCGGGUGGAGAAAUCCCCAGAAGAGAGCGGAUGUGGAGAUACGGAUUUUGACCGCAAAGAAAGGCACUUGUUAAAAAAGUUGCUGCAUAUAGCAGCAUCUGCCCUCAGGAGAAAAUAAUUUGUAAAUGUAUGUGUGGGUAAGUCUAAUGAUCAGAUAUUACGUCACUGUGCUGAUGUAGAAGUAAUCAAGAGGAGUUUUUGUAUGAAGUACGGUGUGGAUGACGUGGCGACUUCAGGAGGCGCCGGUUUAUAACACGUUCACACUGCCUGAGCAGCCGGUCGUCAGCGUUUCAGAGACGAAAACACUGGACUGUUGACAGGACGGGACCGUAAAAGGACUUUAGAUCAACUGGGAGUGUCUCUGUUGCUUUGAUUGAUGGAAAUUGAUCAUUAACCACUUGAUUACAGUCUGUAAAAACACUUGAAAUUAGUUUAAAACAAUUGAAAACAUUUCCCCCGCACUGCUGUUUUAUUAUUAACACUUAUUAAUAUUAUGAUUUCAAACCUUGAGCCAAAAUACAAAUAUAUCUAAAAUAUUCCUCAAUGAAAUCAAAAAGAUAAUUUAUCCAAUUCGGUUACAUUUUCAUUUAUUUCACACUAUUUUUUUCCCCCUCUAAUAUAUUUCUCACACUCGUUCCUUUGCUUAUUUAUUACUCCGGAUGUUAUUUAUUUAACAUAAUCAUAAGCUACAUCCAGUUACUCAGCAACACGGUCCACCCGAGGACAAAUUGCUCCAAAUCAUGGGAAACAUCGGCCUUAUUACAUCCGACACGAGAACACGGAUUCCAUGUAGCUUUUGCGAGGAUCUUGUUCAGGCCCUGUGAAUGUGUUAUGAAAGGCUUUCUGAAGUGCUUCUGGUGCAGCGGAACUAUAAAUAAUCUUGCUUGGGUCUGGCCCUGCUGUAAAUACACUUGUGAUUUUUGGUGUGUGCAUUUAUUUUAGAAACGAGAGAUGGGAGGUCGGUGCGUACCUCACAGCAUGAACUACAACAUUUUAAGGCCUUAUAUCUGAAUGACCUCACGCUUUAGUCAUUGUCAGAUCGGUUUUCAGUGGACGUCUUUGUCAUUGAAGCCUCCUACUUUCAAAUGUAAAGCACUAUCUCAGUAUCUAAAGAGAUAUAUUUUCUCAGCCUCACUUAAAGCUACUAUUUUGGUAGAAUUUGACAGUGCACAACACAAGCCAAAAGAGAUGUGACUUGUCUACACGUGCACAUAUUUAUGUACAUAUGAUCACACAAAAGCCAUUAUUUCAAAGUCAUUUAUAAGCUGCUAAAUAAUGCCAAAAAAGAAUUUAUAUAGUGUCAGUAUACAUAACUUUACCUUUUAGUUGGCGAGAUCAUUUGGAUUAUAGUACAAAGUAAUAUCUGUGUUGGGAUCAUUUUGAUAUGUUGUAUAGUUACCUAUCUGAUUUUACUGGACGAUACGUCCAGAACGAUCCUAUUUAUACCCGUCAGAUCUGUUGUGCUAAUCCUUUUCCAGUGAGUAGAUCUUUGUUUGGUAGCUCUAAUGGACUCCCCUCACGUUGUCAGCGAAGCUGUGUGCUUUCAGGUGCAGGUUAAUUGAGCUUCAGACUACUUUCCCGCGCACUUCAGUCGGCUGAUGAAUACCAGCUUUUGUCGAUAACCUGAUUCCCGACCCAGGGAUGAGUUUCCUUUUAUCAGUUUUGGUCAUCAAGUGCUAACAUGUAUGACAUGAAGUGAAGACGGGGAGGGCUCUGUCACUGUGGUAGUGAUACAAACAGCAAGGCGGCGAGGAUACAACUGGAGUCAUUACACCCAGAGUUCAGUGAGCACGACUGAUCGGUUGAACUGCGCACAGAAAAUUAGAUAUACAAGUCCACAUUUACACUCAAAGUUUCUUUAAACCAUAUUAGACACUUAAACUAUGGCAAGCGAUUCAAACUGCGGUUUGAAGAACAAACAGUAUUGCAGUGCAUCCAAACCAGUCAUCCAAUCUCAUGCCUUAAACCCACUUCUCACCACAUUUCCUUCCGUGCAUGUCGAUGUGGUGAAACCCGGAGAGCGCGUUUCUCCGGGCCGUGACGUGACGUUCGUUUGGACAAGUGGUAGAAAUUCCCGAUUAGAGCUGGAAAGUCGUGUUUACCGUCACCUUUAAAUGUUUGCACAAUAAAUUCUGCAUCAGACUGAAAUUUUUAGCUAAUGUCAUAUUGGCCAGACGACUAUAAGAAUCUGGCUUCAACAGCUAGGCCUGGUAGUGAAUUAAAUAUUGUGAUAUCUUGUAGAGUAUUAAGUUUAAAUAACUAGAAAAAAAAAAAGUAUUGAAAAAAAUCAAGUAAACGCUAGAAAGCAUGUUGGAGUUGAAGUUUCCUGUCUGUCUUUUAUGGGAGGACAAACUGCUGAGAUAUAGAUGUACGUUACACACAUGCAGCCUGUCUCCACGGAUCAUGGAAGGGUUCAGCUGUGCCUUGCAGCACAUCGCUCUCAGGAUGCUUUCAGUUUUUUUAAUCUUAUUUUUCCUUUAUUUUUUAUUUUUUCCUCCCUGCUGUAAACCAGUGGUUUACCGGCACGGCUGUACUCUGAUCUCAUAUUAUAUUUUGUGAGAAUCCUACAUGUAACAUGUAGUACCUUAAAGUUAACUCUGUACAGUUGAAACAUGAAGAUGGCAUUGCAAAACUUUGUACUUUUUUCGUGUAUAUUCUCUUUAUGCACCUUGAGAUGUGGAACCGCGAGCUCAAGUGUUGGUUUUACGUGGCGCUGCCUGAAGGUCGGAUGAGGUCAUGUUUGUUGACCCGGAUAUGAUAAGAUAUUCCCUGCCUUUAUUUCAAUCUGAUCGUGCGAUCAAUAUUGAACAAAUGAUCUGGAAUGAGCCUUUAAAUUUCCUCCAUCAGCAUGCUGAAGGAUGCUAAUGAGUUGUGUUAAAUUUCUUGAAACUAAUAAUUCAACUGGAGCAUAACUUCAGUAUCUUAAGGAUGACUUCCCUCUGCUACACAACCUCAGGAUAAAGCGCUGCAUGAACGAUUACUGUAGAGACCGUACCACGUAAAACCUUCAGCGCUCCCAUGAUUUGAGUGCAUUGAAAGGGAAAUGCCACUUAUUGACAGAACUUGGGAAUGGUUUGUGGCCUGCAAUUAAAUUGCAUGACUGAGCAUUACAUGUUUGAAGACUUGUAUCAGAUGAGUUUUGGCCUUCAACUUUGUUUUUUUUUUUUUUUUUAAAUCUGGUUUUUGAAGAUUCACAAAAACAAGAAAAUGCUUGAAGGUCGCUUUAGUGUUAAAGCAUGUUAUUAUUAGAUAUUUAAAAAAGAGUGAGUUCAAUACCAAGUCCUAAAGUUCCCAUUUAUAAUUUAAAAAAGGAGCAUCGGGCUAUGCUCCACAGACGUCGCAAACCAGUAUUUAUUUGUCUUUUAUUGAAGAAAAUAAAAAGAGUUUGGUUGCAAAGAAAAAAAGCUUGAGGACUUCUAGACUGAGUGGAAUUACUCUUUAAUGCCAGCCUGACUUUGUCUCAUUGGUGGUGCUUUGAAAAUAUAUAUUUCUUUAUAAUGUUUAGGUACAACUGUGGUAUAUGAACAGACUUAAAGAAAACAAACAAAAAAAAAAAAAAGACAAAAAAAAAUCCUGUUGAAUGUGUUCUGCCCAAACGAGCUUUGGGCUUUGCUGACUUUGUUUUUUCAUGAAAAAAGACGAGGCCACUUUCGGCUGGCCGUCUGUUCAUGAGAAGGUGAAACAAACUGCCUAAAUGUUUCUUCAUGUGAAACAAUCAGAUUGCAAGGCUGCUGUCAAGGUUGUUUCUGGCAUUUGGCUAAAAGUUUGCGCGCCGUCCUUUUUUUCCUCGAGGUGGAUGAAUUGUUCCAGAUAUUAAAAAAGCACUCUCAGAAAUAAAAACAGUGAAAUGCUGUUUGCUGUUACAGAUGAUGAAACCAAAUUGAGAUUAGUGCGAUUUGGGCUUUUAAAAUGUGUUUCCUGAUUAUAAUUCUCCGAAACAUAAAUCCUGGAAGAGUCUGUUGCCCUUUAAUACAUCGAUUAUGAAGUUUUUGAAGACCAUACACUCCAAUUUUUUUGUUUUUGCUUCGUAAUAUUAGUUAAUUCACCAAAAAAAAUACCCAAAAUAUUGAAAUAUUUCAUAUGAUCAGGUGUUUUUUUUUUUCUUCAAACACAGAAUGCUUGCACCUUGUUAGUUUUUAAUGUUGUUUGCUUUUUGAGCCUCCAGCGUAGUGAAAAUAUCCACAGAGGAUUUAAUUUGAGUUUGCUUCACGUCAUUCAAAGUUCUACAGUAGAGCUGUUUAGACUGGGCAAUACACUCCUUCCAGGACAAUCACAAGCCCUCAGUGACAAGUUUCGAUGUGCCAAACCAGAGACGAUUUUAAACGGUCGUUCAAAAUCCCCUCCUUCCCUUUCUCAGUGCCGCAAACAAAUAAGCCGCAAAUGUCUAGAAUUGACUUUUGCUUGUUGAUACAAAUUGUAUCUAUACCUUGAAUGUAACUAAUUAUGAAAUGUAUAAUAUGAAAAUAGUUUUAUUUAAAUAAGGGUGGGCGGGGUUCAAUGCCAUAAUGUUUGUGACACUGUGUGUCACUGGGAGUAGCCCAUUGGUAUGUACUAAUUCUUACUGGGUACAGUAGUUCAUUAACAGGGACAAUUACGUGCUACUUAAAAGUGCACAGAUACCCUGUGUACAGCAGUAAGCAUCAUGUCCUCUCUGUACAUAGUCACACACGUGUGUGUAUAUAUAUAGAAAAGGAUCUGUAAAUGUCACGGUUAAUUCAGUUGUUCUAAUCCUUCAGAUGAUUUCGGUGUUGUAACCCGUGCACCUUGGUAAAAGUGCAUCUAUCUCCUCUGAACUGACAUGUCUGCUUUAUGCUCUUUUCAUGGGAAUCUCAGUAUUUUGGAUAUAUUUUUGCCUAAUAAAACAUGCCAAAGUUAUUGUCGGGUGACUUUGUCGAAAAUUAAUUUCUUGUGAUUCAGCACACGGGUUGUCAUGCAAUGACUUUAUGAAUCCCGAGGCGGGAGGAUUUCCACACUCUGUGAGCCGAGAGGAUUCAGACAACGGACACAAAUCGGAGCCUAACCUGCUGCUUAAAACCAGUAAAGACGACUCGCGGUUCAUCUCUGGUUGUCAUAUCUGGCGUAAACCCCACGGGGGGAGCAGACGCUCACCGCCAGCUCUUCACUCUGAUUUGUGUUCUUGUUUGUCGCUCUCUCAACAUACAGAUCAUUUAAAAAAAAAAAAAAAAA